UAAUUAGAAUUUUUGAUAUGAUUUGGACAAGCACGUUUAUGGGUUAAUAAUUUCCACUGUGUCCACGUGGCUUCCUGUGAGCCAAUUCUUUCUUUCUUAUGGGGCAUGGUCGGUUUGAACUCCAGCAUAUAUCUCACUACUCACAUCUAAUAAUUCUUUAACUAUAUCUAUACAUAUACAUACAUAUAUAUAUAUAUACACAUCUUCACUCUGAAACUGAGUUUCCUCUUCUCUUACAUACAACCACAUACACUCAGACAACUCUCUCUCAACAAUGGCGGUUUCACACAAAAUUAAACCUAAAAGAAUUUAAGGGAGUUAGGUGCAAUUUUCCCAAACUUAAUUAGCCGCUGAUUUAAUUUUCUGUUGAGUUAUGAGAAAAUGAUUCCGAUGGACUUAGAUUUCACAGCAAAGCAAGAAACCGACAAACCCUCGUCUAGCUCAACAACAACGACGUCGUGGUCGAGAUUGAAAGACCCUCGAAUCGUUCGAGUUUCUCGAGCGUUCGGGGGCAAAGACCGGCACAGCAAAGUGUGCACGGUCAAGGGCUUACGCGACCGGCGCGUGAGGCUAUCGGUUCCCACGGCCAUACAGCUGUACGAUCUUCAAGAGAGGUUAGGUCUGAACCAGCCGAGCAAAGUGGUCGAUUGGCUUCUCGAAGCCGCGAAAGCCGAUAUCGACCUUCUCCCGCCUCUCCAACAAAUCCCUAUAAUGCAGAAUAUUCAAAACUACGAUCCGGUAAUGAAAUUCAACGAUGUCGUCGUUUCGUCUUCGGGCGAGAGAAACGAGACGGGUAGUAAUUGGUCGAGGAACGACGAUGAAGAGGAGGAAAUUACUAGACAGUACAACAAUUUCCUCUCGAGGUCGUCGUCGUCAUCGGUCGUGCAAAAUAAUCCGGCUUCCUUUUCGAGUUUGAUGAAUAAUCAUAUUAAUAAUAAUAAUAAUAAUAAUUCAUUUUUGAGGUGGGAAUAUCCGUCGAAUUUAACGCUAUCUCAACCGCCCGUAAGCCUCGGAUUGGCUUCUUCUUCGUCUCAAUACAACGGUGAUCAAGAUUUGCAGAAUUUCGGCCACUUUUUUCAGUUUCAGCCUUAUUAUUUCCCACCUCCGCAAAAUAAUAACUCCGCGAGUGAGCACGACCGACAAAACGAGCCCCGUUCGUAGUAGGCAAAUGAAAGAUGAUAGUGGUAUGUUUCUUUUUUUUUUCUUGUUUUUUUUUUUGAUGAGCUUAUAAACAUAUUCCAACAUUCGAUUUCGGUGGAAAUUAAUUAAACGGUAACCGGGCUCGAAAAGGGUUAUUAAUUGGUGAUCAUAUGAUUGUGAGUUCAUAUGGUUGAUUUUUGAUCUAUUGGAUCCAUAUAUUUAUAUUCAAGAAGAUUUGUUCAUAGUU